AUGGACGAGUGCGCGGGACAAUGUAUGGGGGAGUGUUGCAUGAACGUCACAUGCAGGGUAUUCCUCACCAUCGGGGUCGUUGUCAUCGACAGGCUCGUCGUCGCCCAAUCUGACACAAUUAUACAACGAGGCCGCCAAACGCAGAGGGCCUUACACUUACCCCAGUGCAUGUGCGUCUUCUCCGACGAAGAUCCAGGAAUGUCGAGAAGGGAGAUCCGAAUGGCGGGCAAGCUUCUGGGUUUGGCGACACUGGCAUUCGCCUUUGGGAUUCUCAUUGCUGUUCUGAAGGGGACUAUGCUGGACUGGCGACGGUCCAGCAGAGGGCAAAGUCCAGAUGAGGACUCCCCAACCAACAAGACGCCACUGCAAUCCAAGUCGUUGUCUAGCACAGUCGGCAAAGAUGCAGUGAAACUGGAGUCCCAGUCGAGUCCGGUCGAGGUCAACCAAGAGAAUCGUGGGUCUGGAUCUGCGUGGCUCAAGGACCCAGAACUCCAGUUGUCUAUUAGUAUGGUAUGGACGAACGCUUGGUUAACCUGUUAA